AUCCAAAGGCGCUUGUCAUGACGAAAGGGAGCGCCAGUUGGGCUGACGAGAUGAUGUCGACGUAUGAACGAGACCGGGACGCCAACAUUGCUCGGAACAAGGCAAUGCUCGCGUCCUUGGGCAUCGACAAGAGUGUGAAGAAGACAGCAGUUGGAAGGCCUCAGAAGCAAGUAUUGGAGCCACGCAGGCGGUCGUCGCGGGUUGACAUUGUGACGGAAGUGCGGGCAAGGAUACUCCAGUGCAUGGAAGAUGACGAAAUGCGAAUCGAACACGAACAGAGGCAACUGGUGAAGAAGCUUCGUCAGCACAAAAGGAACGAGCGACGUGAGCUGAGCCAGAUGCAACUGGAAGAAAAAGCUCAACUUCGCAUGGCCAAACGUAUCCUGGAAGAACAGAAGCGACUCGCGAGGGAGCAGCGAGCGGCGGCAAAGCUCGAGCUCAAGCAACUGCAGCAUAAAAAGACGCGACUGAGAAAAAUGGCCGACGAAAGGCAGCGAAAUGUCGUUGUGCUGAAAAUUCCCAACGACCUCAAGCGCCUCGUAGCAGCCUCUCGCGAUUGGGCAAGUGAUAUCAAGACCACGCAAAUUUCCAGCACUAUUCAAGAGGACUACAUUUCUAGCUCCGACGACCAUGUCGAUUCCAGCAGCGAGAGCGAUGACGGAAGCAGCGAAGCCCUGUCGAGCGAGUCGAGUGUCGACGAAGCGAGUGAAAAUGAGUUGAACAAGCUCAGCGAAGACGCCGAAGAAGACAGUGACGACGACGAUGCCGCCUAUCGCAAGCACUCGAAUACUAGCAUGGUCCAGUCGUCUAGGCUGGUUGUCAGGCUGAAGGGUUCAACGAUUACAGGACGGACGGUACUUGCACGCCGUUCCCAAAUCAAACUGCUGCCGCAAACACAGCGUGAUGUGAAGAAUCAGCUGCACGACAACUCGAGUCGCAAUCUUCGAUUGGUUGCGCGACUGAAUCACCCCUGCAAAAGUCCUGAACCGUGGCGUCGCGACGUCCCGCCGCAUCCAUCAGGCUCAGACGACAACCGAAUGACGGCAGUUCCAGACGUGGCAUCGCGGCCGUGUCUGGUUACAAUUCGUCCGCAUACACCCCCUUCGGCUGGGCCAAAGCCCCAUCGAGAGCUCGUUCGACGACGCGGAUCGAUCCAUUCGCCCGAAGAACCAAAAGCGAAAAGGUUCUUGAUGCCUCCAAGAAGGCGCAUGGUGACGUACGAAGUGCACCUGGGGAAAGGCACGGAUGGGCUUUGCAUUGACUUUGACGUGACGGAUGGGAAAACAGUCAAAGUAAUGGGGUUUCGUCGCCCGAUACUCGGCGUUCAAGGACCCGCCGAAGCCUGUGGGAAAAUCUCGAUUGGCGACGAACUGAUUGCGGUCGACGGCGCGUUAAUUGGUGGUCCUGCCGGGUUCAAACAGUUUAUCCCGCUGCUCAAGAGCGGACUCAGCGUCUCGCUGCGAUUUUGCAGGUCGUCCUCUUGACGUUUCAUGUCGUCAACGUAACCUGCCAACGCGUUUGGUUGGUGGCAUCAAGCGAUUUUUUCAUUCGAGACAGCCGUUGUACGUAUCAUCUCGGACACUGCGACCAACUGAGUGUACAGCCAAGCACCGAGUCCCACAGGCAUGCCGACGCAUGCGUGACACUCUCUACUUUGCAAUUCUUGGAGCAUGGCGUCGAAGUGUGGGUCCAUGGCAUCGUGCAGCCUUUUAUAAAACAUUGUAACACACACCCAGGCCCACGCAGCAUC